AAGCUGCGGAUGUGCGGGGCCGGCAAGGCCAUCGGCGUGCUGACCAGCGGCGGCGAUGCGCAAGGCAUGAACGCUGCUGUCCGAGCCGUGACGCGCAUGGGCAUUUACGUGGGGGCCAAGGUUUUCCUCAUCUAUGAGGAUCCGGACCUUCAGACCAGGCUUGGACGGCCAGGACCCUGCAAAGCCUCGGGCCAUGUUUGAGGAGCACGUCUCCUCAGUCUCAGGGACCUGUGGCCUCAGGAGCCGGGCAGAUGGAGCCCACACCCUGAAUGGCCUAGAACCUUCUGAAGGGCAGGGGCUACGAGGGCCUCGUGGAGGGAGGCGAGAACAUCAGGCCGGCCAGCUGGCUCAGCGUCUCCAACAUCAUCCAGCUGGGCGGCACCGUCAUCGGCAGUGCCCGCUGCACGGCCUUCACCACGCGGGAGGGGCGCCGGGCGGCCGCCUACAACCUGGUCCAGCGUGGCAUCACCAACCUGUGCGUGGUCGGCGGCGACGGCAGCCUCACGGGCGCCAGCGUCUUCCGCAGCGAGUGGGGCGGCCUCCUGCAGGAGCUGCUGAGCGCAGGCAAGAUCUCAGAGAGCACGGCGCAGACCUAUUCGCACCUGAACAUUGCCGGGCUGGUGGGCUCCAUCGACAACGACUUCUGCGGCACGGACAUGACCAUCGGCACGGACUCGGCCCUGCACCGCAUCAUGGAGGUCAUCGACGCCAUCACCACCACCGCCCAGAGGUGCGCGAGGCCCGCCGCCCCCAGCCCGGCCAAGCCGCCAGCCACCAGAGGACCUUCGUGCUGGAGGUGAUGGGGCGGCACUGCGGGUACCUGGCCCUGGUGUCGGCCCUGGCCUCGGGGGCCGACUGGCUGUUCAUUCCCGAGGCGCCCCCCGAGGACGGCUGGGAGAACUUCAUGUGCGAGCGGCUCGGCGAGACUCGGAGCCGAGGGUCCCGGCUGAACAUCAUCAUUAUUGCGGAGGGCGCCAUCGACCGCAGCGGGAAGCCCAUCUCGUCCCGCUACGUGAAGGACCUGGUGGUCCAACGGCUGGGUUUCGACACGCGUGUGACUGUGCUGGGCCACGUGCAGAGGGGAGGGACCCCCUCGGCAUUCGACCGCGUCCUGAGCAGCAAGAUGGGCAUGGAGGCGGUGAUGGCGCUGCUGGAGGCCACGCCCGACACGCCGGCCUGCGUGGUCAGCCUCUCGGGGAACCAGUCGGUGCGGCUGCCCCUCAUGGAGUGCGUGCAGAUGACCAAGGAGGUGCAGAAGGCCAUGGACGAGAAGAGGUUUGACGAGGCCAUCCAGCUCCGGGGCAGGAGCUUCGAGAACAACUGGAACAUUUACAAGCUGCUCGCGCACCAGAAGAUCUCCAAGGAGAAGACCAGCUUCUCUCUGGCCAUCCUGAACGUGGGGGCCCCGGCGGCCGGCAUGAACGCAGCUGUGCGCUCGGCCGUGCGUACCGGCAUCUCCCAGGGUCACACGGUGUACGUCGUGCACGACGGCUUUGAAGGCCUGGCCAAGGGGCAGGUGCAAGAAGUGGGCUGGCAUGACGUGGCCGGCUGGCUGGGGCGUGGUGGCUCCAUGCUGGGGACCAAGAGGACGCUGCCCAAGGGCCACAUGGAGAAGAUUGUGGAAAACGUCCGCACGUGGAACAUCCACGCUCUGCUGGUCAUCGGAGGCUUCGAGGCCUACGAGGGGGUGCUGCAGCUGGUGGAGGCCCGCGGGCGUUACGAGGAGCUCUGCAUCGUCAUGUGCGUCAUCCCCGCCACCAUCAGCAACAACGUGCCGGGCACGGACUUCAGCCUGGGCUCGGACACCGCCGUCAACGCCGCCAUGGAGAGCUGUGACCGCAUCAAGCAGUCGGCCUCGGGGACCAAGCGCCGUGUGUUCAUCGUGGAGACCAUGGGGGGCUACUGCGGCUACCUGGCCACCGUGGCCGGCAUCGCUGUGGGCGCCGACGCUGCCUAUGUCUUUGAGGACCCCUUCAACAUCCAGGACUUAAAGGCCAACGUGGAGCACAUGACGGAGAAGAUGAAGACGGACAUCCAGAGGGGCCUGGUGCUCCGAAACGAGAAGAGCCACGAACACUACACCACGGAGUUUCUGUACAACCUGUACUCCUCGGAGGGGAAGGGCGUUUUCGACUGCAGGACCAACGUCCUGGGCCACCUGCAGCAGGGCGGGGCUCCCACCCCCUUUGACCGGAACUACGGUACCAAGCUAGGGGUGAAGGCCAUACUCUGGAUGUCAGAGAAGCUGCGGGCGGUCUACCGCAAGGGGCGGGUGUUCGCCAACGCCCCUGACUCGGCCUGCGUCAUCGGCCUGCAGAAGAAGGCGGUGGCCUUCAGCCCCGUCACCGAGCUCAAGAUGGACACUGACUUUGAGCACCGCAUGCCCCGGGAGCAGUGGUGGCUGAACCUGCGGCUCAUGCUGAAGAUGCUGGCGCACUACCGCAUCAGCAUGGCCGACUACGUGUCCGGGGAGCUGGAGCACGUCACCCGCCGCACGCUCAGCAUGGAGACGGGCUUCUGAAGCCGCGUCCCCGCCCCGCCCCGCCGCCUCCUCGGGUCCCGGCUGCCGCCGCCUGGAGCCUGCGGGCGGGCGCGCGGGGGCGCGCGGGCUGCGGGGCGCCCGGUUCCAUUCUGCUGUCCGCGCGGCGCCCCCCGGACACCCACCUUCCAGGGCGGGGCGUGUGGAGCGUUGGGGUUCCCACACCGCCGCCCCGCUGCCUCGGCACCCCGCGUGGCCCCGAGCCUCUCCUCAAGCCGGCCCUGCGCCCUCACCAGCCCUGGGGGGGCCGGAGCCCGGGUCUCCGUGCGGGGAGGGUGGGGGGCGCACCCCCGUGGGCCUCACCGGGACCCUGCCCCUGUGUGCGCUGGCCCCUGGGGCUGAGCACAGCUUGUCACCUUUUCUAGAAAUAAAAUCACCCCGACUGUG